GGAUCCGGACGAGCGGACGAGCUUGUUCUUCCUUAUGAGCAUUUUCGAGGGGAGUGCGAUCUGGAGCAGCAUCCACAAGCAGAGGACCACAAGAAGGUACCUCUGUGCAAGUAGUACCCGGUCGAGGAGAUCCACAAGAAGGUCCUCUGCAGCAGCAUGGUCUACAGCGGAGACGAUUGUUGAGCCACUUGUAUCAGCACUUCCGGCGAUUUUUGCGUCAGUGCUGGGCACGCUGGGGUGGAACUACUGGGUGUGCAGGCCCCAGUCCGAGGUGGCGGCCCUGUGCUACGAGGGGAGGUCCUGCUACACCGUCUUCGCGGACGGGGUGGGCAGCGCCUUCCGGGACAACGCGUCGCUGGCGGCGGUGCCCCCGCCCGCCCGCCCGCGCGGGGGCGCGGGCGCUCCG